AUGCUUCAUAUAGGUGAACCUCACAUCACCUUCGAGUCGGGAAGUGCUCUGAGUGAAAUCUUUUAUGAUGAUGUUAACAAAAAGAUUGUGACAGUUCGUGGCGAUGAUAUUGUAGAAGUAAAAGCCUAUGGACUAGAAUCAAACGAGGUUGCUUCGUUUCGAUUGAAGAACAAGAGUAAAAUUCGAGCUAUCAAAUUUUCUCCUGAUAAACGCUUAAUAUGUGUGCAGUAUGAUGAAUCUAUUGUUGAUUUUUUAAACUGCGUGGACCUUAGUACUAAUGCCUUAUCUACGUGUUUUUCACAGUCAACAAAAAAUCGUUCAGCACAUAUCAUCGGCUUAGAAUGGAUCCUGAACAGCGAAAUUCUCUUCAUUACAAAUCAGGGAUUAGAAUUGUAUCAAGUGAAUCCAGAGAAAAAAUCAGUUAAGCUGUUGAAAUCGUACAAUAUUUCAUUAUACUGGUAUUUAUAUUAUCCUUAUUCACAGCUGCUUAUUGUGUCAUGUGGAAUUGCUUUAUUAAAUCCUUUUGUUAUUCAGAAUGGAAGUAUAUAUCGAUUGAUGAAGUUCGAAGUUGAGUUUGGUCGUUCGAAUACAAAACCGCGAUUGUUGGAACGGGAAGUAUUCAUUAUAUCUAUCUAUAAUGCGUUAUAUAUAGCAGUGUUGCGCAGUGGCAUUCGUGAUUCCAUCAGUUCCGAUAUUGCUUUGUACAAAAUGAGUAUGAAUGGAACGGAGGUACCAAAACUUGCUCACAUUUUGCAUUUGGAUAUGGUCGGUGCCUUUGCCUUGCAUGGAUUUCAUAACUUGGUUGUUGUGCAUCAUCAAAGUUCAAAAACGUCAUUAAUUUUCGAUAUUGGUUUGGAAGAAGUUUCAAAAGCUGGUUGUAUUUUGUACCCCCUUUAUAAAACUUCUUUAAAAUGUACGGAUUCGCUGCGGGCCAAAUUUAGUCACGAAUUCAAAUUAUACAGUCCUUUUUGGGUUAUGUUUCAGCCAAAUUUUAUUACGGAUGCAAGCAUUGGUGUUUUCACAUCAGUGUCAAUAGACCCAACUGAAGCUGAAAAUUAUAUUGAAGACAAAUAUCAGUAUUUACGUUUCCUGUAUAAUAGAUGUAUUCCAAAGUCGGUGUUCCUGAAAAUUUUGAGACAUUGCGUAGUUGCUAAUAAGCUGAAAUUGAAACAACUGGAACAUGUUUUUAAUUGGUUCGCGAAAGCGAUUGCUAAGCGUUUUUUACCAACUUCGAGACACGGCGACAGUGGUAUAAAAUAUGUUUUGAUGGCCGAACAAUAUGAAGAAAUUGCUAUUGAACAGGGAGACAUUGUGAGUAAUUUAUUCCUGCUUCCGGAUGAUUAUACGUUGGAUCAGAAACAACGUUUUCUUCAAUAUAUGUUGCGCUAUCUUAUAGCUUUGCGAGAAAACAAAUUAGAAGUUCAGCCUUACUUUCUAAAUGAAAUAUUGGUACCCAAUAUGAUUACAAUGGGACAGUUAGGAAGACUUCAUCAGCUUCUUCUAUACCGCAUUAUUCCAGACUCCAAACAGCUAGCAUUUCAACUUCUUUCUCAUGAAGCAAAAUAUUCUCCAUUGGUUCAGCUCGCUCUGGAUAUGCUGUAUAGGCUUGGCACUGCUACCGAAGAAAUUGUUGAGAUUUUAAUAGCUAGAAGUCUGGUUGUAGAAGCUAUAAGAUUCUUGGAGAGUUUACAAUCAACAGAUAAGGUGAAUGGUUUAAAGCUUAUUGAGAGUGCUUGGAAGGAAAAUCGACUGAUUCGUUACGCUGUCUUUUCACACUUUCUUGAACGUGGUUCGAAAGCUAGAAAUUGCAUUGCGAAUUCCGGACAGUUCGAAGAAUUUUUGAAGAAAUUCGAAGUUCUAUUUGACAACGAUGAGAUUGAAGCUGCCAAAAGAGAUUUUUACUUCAUGAAUACUUCCUGA